CUCUCCCCACCGCAGGAUUUAAAAGUGUGUCUCGCAGCCCCCGGGCCAGCCCUCUGCAGCCACUUGCUGCAGGCUCCAAGACAAGCACUCAUCAGCGGGUGCGUCUGGGCUGCCACAGUGAAAAUGUUUAGUGUCAUCGGCGACCCAUACACAUCCAGGGAACCCCACUAACGCAGGCUGGUGUGUCGGGGGCGGGGGCAGGAAGCCUGGAGCGAGGUCUGACCUAGGUGUGUGUGUGCGCACACGUCCGAACAGCUGACCACACGUGUGUGUACUUGAAGGAGAGACUUGAGUUUUGGUUUUUGUUUUGGUUCCUGGGGUGAAUUUUCUGCUGAACGUUUCCCCCUUCUUAUUUAUUUAUUUAUCUUUUUUUUUUUUUUUUUGCGUUUUUAAACAAAUCUGAAUAUAAAAAAGUGUGAGAAUCCAAACUUUGAAAAGACCGAGACGCACAGCCGUGGACGGCAGAUGGAUCCCGUGGCCAGCAGCUGUCUGAGGCACCCCCACCCCCAGGCCCCGGGCUGGGGCUGCCUUCGAAAUCCUCACGCUGAAGCCAGUGGGGGUUCAGGGCUGCCCCACUAUCCGCCAACGCCGUUCUCCUUCCACCAGAAACCCGACUUCCCGGCGACAGCGGCGGCAGCGUACCCCGACUUCUCAGCCUCCUGCCUGGCCGCCACCCCACACAGCCUUCCCCGGGAGGAGCGCAUCUUCACUGAGCAGCACCCCGCUUUCCCACAGCCCCCCGACUGGAACUUCCCCAUUUCAGAGGCCCGGCGCAGGCUCAACCCGGGCCCAGCUGGGGGCUCCAGGGAGAUGGGGGCCAGCAGCCCAGGCCUGGUGGACACCACGGGAGGCCCUGGCGAGGACUACGAGGUCCUCGGGAGCACUGCCCAGGAGACGGAGAAGAAGUCAACCAGACGGAAAAAAGAGAGUUCAGACAACCAGGAGAACCGAGGGAAACCUGAGGGCGGCAGCAAGGCUCGCAAGGAGAGGACAGCCUUCACCAAGGAGCAGCUUCGGGAGCUUGAGGCCGAGUUUGCUCACCAUAACUACCUGACCCGGCUCCGGAGAUACGAGAUUGCCGUGAACCUGGACCUCUCUGAGCGGCAGGUCAAAGUGUGGUUCCAGAACCGGAGGAUGAAGUGGAAGCGUGUGAAAGGGGGUCAGCCUAUCUCCCCCAAUGGGCAGGACCCCGAGGAUGGGGACUCUGCCGCCUCUCCAAGUUCAGAGUGAGAUUCUCCACGGAGAAAGAAAGACUGAGGACCGAGCCCCCUACCCAACUACCAACACCCCUGUCCUCACCCCAAUCCCACCUUCACCUUCUCCCACCCACCCCAGGGCAACCUCUCUACGUCUUGCAAUAACUCUUAAGCACGAAGCUGUCCAGCAUCCCUGGGAGCCUGGAAGUUUCCCAGAAAGUUCUAUCCAGUUUUGCUCUGUCUUAGCAGCCCCUUCCCCAAGGCCGUUGCUUCUCACAAUUCUCAUGGAAUCAUACAGCAGCCCGACUGGACCCAUGCAAAUCUGGGGAACAGCUCCAGGCACACUGCUGCUCGGGCUGUCUCGGCUGCUGCCCCCUCUCCUGCUACCACCUCCCUCUGACACCAGCGAGCCCUCCUUCAGGCCUGGAUACCACCUGAUCUGCUGGGAGAGGAGCCUUAGGACCAGCUAGUGACCUGGGAAAGCAAAUGCUCCAAAGGAAGGAAAUGACUAGAACACACACACACACUCUAGACCACCCUUCCUUUCUGGGUUCUGUAUCUGAGGCUUUGGGGAGCCCUCAGGUGUCCCAAAACCCCAGGGAGAAUCAGUAUGAGGAGAGUUGAGAAGAGAAACUCAGCUGCUGCUCAUCAGAAACCCAGUCCAAAGUUGUUGGCUAAGUGAGUAAGUUUGUAACAUGGGCUGGAGGAAGACUGUCGGAAAAACAGCUGGUGUGGGUGGUCCCCAUGCGGGCCUGUUCAAACGGGCUUGACUGCGUGGCUGAGAACAGACCCAGGACAGCUCCUGCCUCUUCGGAGUCAAAUUGGGGACACAGCUGGGACUGCUGAGCAGCGCCCCUGAGCCACGGAACAGCUGUUCUUCUUAAGGCCACAGUUUGGGGAUUGAACACCUAUCCAGAUGCUCGCAUUAUUGAGUUGAGGGAUGGAAAGUGUCCCCCAUGUUCCGAGGAUGAAGAGAUCGUACUAAGCCCCGUGAGUGACAGCCUGGAAAUGUGGAACCUUGCUGUGGAAGUAGCCUGUGCUUUCAACAGACUCUGUCUGCAAAUGGGGACAAAAAAAACAAUCCCCUUUCUUCACAGAAUGCAUCUGAAUCCUUCCAGUGUGUUCCAUGAUUGCUGUUAGGAUGGGAGGAGCUGCUAAGUUUAUGUACGGGGACCGCCCAGAUCUUUUGGGGUGACGCUCCAGGACAGAUGGCCAGACAGCCUGGGGUGACCUGGGCCUUGGAGAGAGACCCCCGUCGGCCUCAGUGCUGUGUCUUCCGAUACCAACUGGGGUUGCAGAGGGAGGUCAGCAAGAGUUUGGAUCUCUUGUGUGUAGAUUCAGUCACUCAGAUGUAAAAAGAACCCCAGGUCCCCAUCCCGAAAGGACAACAGUUCUGGAAAAUGAUUGCCAAAUGAGAUGGCUGGUUAGAGCACGUGUCAUUUUUUUUCUAAAGCAUAUUUCAUAUAUUUUCUUAAGAUUACAUCAAGUUAACAGUGCAAGGUUAAUUCACUUAGUAAGAAAACUCUUGGAGAAAUAAAAUCAAUAGAAGAGGAUAGUUCUCGGGCCUUUUUCUUUGCAGUGCUAAGAAGCGCAUUCUUUCUGUGUGUAGCUGUCUGAGGUUCGUGUGAUGAUCACCUGGACGAUGUCUAAAAACAAAGAAAAAAAGGGAAGAAAUCAUUUGGACCAAGGUAUCCCCCUUUAGGUUCUUCAAAAUGUGGGGGUGCAAACAUUAUCAUUGGAAAAACUAUGUUUUCCUCCCUUUGCAAUUGUGUUGUGCUCCUUUCCCCUUAUAAAAUGUUAGCUGUCGGGUUGCCUCACCUAUGGCUUAUCAAAGCACUAAAGUUCUGUAAACAGAAGAUGAAUUCUUUUGUUAAUAAAGGAAUCUUGACCAUAAA